GUGCCGGCACUGAAUGCGGGAGGAGCCAGCAGGUGGAACGCGCAGCAGUGCCAAGGAUGGAGGAAAGCUAGGAGGCUGGGCACCACUAAAGUUCUAGCUCCCCAUGCCCUUGACUUCUCUGUGAGAUCAAACAAGGACCUCAGGAUGAACACUACUUCAGGGUCAGUCUCACCAGGCCCAGCCCAGGAGCCCACUUUGGGGGCCACCUCAGCUCCACCCAGCAUGUGGGACAGCACCCAGAGCAGUGUCUCCAGCCUGGCCCAGCUUCUACCUGCCAGCCCUACGGCAACUGGGGCUCAGACUGCUGCCCGGAUCCCCUUCCCCACAGUUGAUGUUCCAGAUCAUGCUCACUAUACCCUGGGCACGGUGAUCCUGCUGGUGGGGCUCACGGGGAUGAUGGGCAAUCUGACAGUCAUCUAUACGUUCUGCAGGUACCUGAUUGGUGGAACUGGAUCCAGGAUGAAGAGCAGAAGCCUCCGGACACCUGCCAACAUGUUUAUUAUCAACCUCGCUGUCAGUGACUUCCUCAUGUCCUCCACCCAGGCCCCCAUCUUCUUCGCCAGCAGUCUCUAUAAGCGGUGGCUCUUUGGGGAGGCAGGUUGUGAGUUCUAUGCCUUCUGUGGGGCUCUCUUUGGCAUCUCCUCUAUGAUAACCCUGACGGCCAUCGCCUUGGACCGCUACCUGGUGAUCACACGCCCCCUGGCUACCAUUGGGAUGGCAUCCAAGAAGAGGGCAGCAUUUUUCCUGCUGGGUGUCUGGUUCUAUGCCCUGGCCUGGAGUCUGCCACCCUUUUUUGGCUGGAGCGCCUAUGUGCCUGAGGGGCUGCUGACAUCCUGCUCCUGGGACUACAUGACCUUCACGCCCUCUGUGCGUGCCUACACCAUGCUGCUCGUCUGCUUCGUGUUCUUCCUACCCCUGUUUGUCAUCAUCUACUGCUACAUCUUCAUCUUCAGGGCCAUCCGGGAGACAGGCCGGGCCUGUGAGGGCUGUGGCGAGUCCCCACGACGGCGGCGGCAGUGGCAGAGGAUGCAGAGUGAGUGGAAGGUGGCCAAGAUCGCGCUGCUGGUCAUCCUUCUCUUCAUAGUCUCCUGGGCCCCCUACUCCACUGUGGCCCUGGUGGCCUUUGCUGGGUAUGCGCACCUCCUGACUCCCUACAUGAGCUCAGUGCCGGCCGUUAUCGCCAAGGCCUCUGCCAUCCACAACCCCAUCAUUUAUGCUAUCAUCCACCCCAAGUACAGGAUGGCCAUCUCCCAGAACCUGCCCUUCCUGAAGAAGCUGCUAGGUGUGUCCAGCCAGCAUGGCCGCCCAUCCCUCAGCUACCGCUCUACCCACCGCUCCACUCUGAUCAGCCAUGCCUCCGAAGUCAGCUGGAUCUCUGGACAGAGGCGCCAGGAGUCCCUGGGCUCUGAGAAUGAGGUGGGCUGGACAGACACGGAGGCAGCAGCUGCUUGGGGGGCUGCCCAGCAAAUGAAUGGAUGGUCUCUCUGUGGUCAGAUCCUGGAGGAUGAGGAAGCCACAGCCCCUUCCAGGUCCCAAGGACAGGAAGCUGAGACUUUCAGGAAGGUGAUUGGGUAUAGUACCUGCCAAUCUGGGGUCUCCGUGACUCCAGGACUUCCUGAGCAGGGUCUGUAUGGUCUGUGA